CUCAGCGGCCGGCAGCCUCCAGGCGCGCACGCUCCCCAGGACCACACUGGACCGAGGACAGAGAAUAAUGAGAAUCAUCUCCGUGGCGUGGGUCCUGCUGGCGCCCUUGGCCGUGUCCUUGGCGGUGUCCUUGGCGGUGCCCCUGGCCGUGUCCCCGGCGGUGCCCCUGGCCGUGUCCCUGAUUGCAGGAGGCCAAUCAAAAGCCAACAAUGCCGCGAAGGUCAUGCCAGCAGCUGCCUUCCCCUUUCAGCAUAGGCUUCCUUCCAAGCCUAAAUUAACAGACAGGACGAAUUCUAACCAGCUAGCUGCCCAUAGGCUGCGGGAAGUCUUGCUAGUCUCGUCAUGGGGAAAAGUCUGAUUCAGUCCGGUAACGUGGUGUCCAGAAAGGAAGAGUUCACAACGCUACUGGAGAGGCUUGCUACUCUCAACCAAGCCCUUGAAUCUCUUCAGCAUUCAGUCGUUCUGCUAAGUACCCAAUUACAGAAUAUUACACGAACUGUGUUAACGCCUUCAGAAACACCACUAACUAAUCAACUAAUAAUAAUUGAAGAGCCACCAACAACGGUAAACCCAUGCGACCUUGAGACACAUUUGGAGUGUGAUAAUGGAAGCUGCCUCCCAAAAAGUCUGUUCUGUGAUGGCUCGCUUGACUGUCAGGACGGCAGUGAUGAACCCAGUGACUGUAGCAAAGAUAAGCUUACAUGUCGAGAGGAUGAGUUUUUGUGUUCAUCGGGAGAUGAAUGCACAUACUUUAUAUGGAAGUGUGAUGGUCAAGCUAAUUGUGCGGAUGGCAGUGACGAACAUGGUUGUAACCCAGAUGAUUGUGAAGCCUAUCAAUUCAAGUGUGCAAUAAAUAACAAAUGUAUACCUUCCACUUGGGUGUGUGAUGGAGUCGACGACUGUCAAGAUUCAAGUGAUGAAAAAAAUUGUACCCAGCGUACUUGUCUGGAAACAGAGUUCUCGUGUGCUUCUGGAGACAAAUGCAUAGCUGCAUCCUGGCGGUGUGAUGGAGAUGAUGACUGUGAAGACUCCAGUGAUGAAGAUGAUUGCAUUAAUCAGGUCAUUUGUAGUGACAAUUACUUCAAGUGUGAGUCUAGCGAGAGGUGUAUACACUCUCGCUGGCAGUGUAAUGGUGAAGAUGAUUGUGGCGAUGGUAGUGAUGAGUUGGGCUGCAACAGCACAAAGGUAGUGUGUGGUGAAACGGAAUACCAUUGCUGGUUUAUCUUCCAGUGUAUCCCCCAGGCUAAACUCUGCGACGGCGUCAAUGAUUGCAAGGACACUACUGAUGAAGUAUUGUGUUCCUACCAAUUAGAUAAAGAAUCUUCGACUGCUGUACCAACAGAAUUUGUACCUGAUCUUUCUGAAUUGGGGACUGAUUUGCCUACAGAAUCUGCGACUGAUUUGCCUGCAGAAUCUGGGACUGAUUUGCCUGCAGAAUCUGAGACUGAUUUGCCUGCAGAAUCUGGGACUGAUUUGCCUGCAGAAUCUGAGACUGAUUUGCCUGUAGAAUCUGGGACUGAUUUGCCUGCAGAAUCUGGGACUGAUUUGCCUGCAGAAUCUGGGACUGAUUUGCCUGCAGAAUCUGGGACUGAUUUGCCUGCCUACGACUCUGGGACCGACUUGCCUACGAAAUCUGUGACUCAUUCCCCUACUGUAUCUGGCACAGAAUUUUUUUUCAGUGAGUCACUCGAGAAAUCUUCCACCGAUCUCCCAACCGAUAUUCCUAUAUGGAAUACACCAGAGCAACCUUCAGUUUUGUUAGUAGCCGAAGCCUAUCCUAAUGUCACAUGUGAGCAAGACCAGUUUAAAUGUUUGUCACACAACAGAUGUAUAAGAUCCAGGUGGCGGUGUGAUGGAGAAUGGGAUUGCCGCGAUGGUAGUGAUGAGGACGGUUGUGAGAACUUGUGUCCGAGUGGCAAAUUCCGCUGCGACAAUGAGCAGUGUAUCUUGGCCAGUUGGCGGUGUGAUGGGGACAAGGACUGUGGUGAUGGAAGUGAUGAAAGGAACUGCAAAAAGGAAUGUAGUGAAGCUGAAUUUCGAUGCAUAGGGGAUGAAAAGUGCAUCCCCGAAGAUAAAGUGUGCGAUGGUAUUGAUGACUGUGGGGAUGACAGCGAUGAAGCUCGUUGCCCCAGCCAACCAGACCCACCAACUACUACAGUGUUACCAGAGACCACAUCAUCUUCAUCUACUGAAAGAAAGUGUACACUGGAUGAAUUUUCUUGCUCAGUGGCUGGACAUUGUGUGGCGCUUUCUUGGCUUUGUGAUGGUGACCGUGAUUGUCCUGAUGGGAGUGAUGAAUCUGAAUGUCCUGAGGAUUCUUGUCCACAUGGAAAAUUGCGCUGCAACGAUGGGCAGUGUAUCUUCCCCAGUUGGCGGUGUGAUGGGGAGGAGGACUGUGGUGAUGGGAGCGAUGAAAGGAACUGCACAAAGGAUUCUUGUCCAAGUGGAGAAUUCCGCUGCGGCGAUGGGAAGUGUAUCUUGCCCAGUUGGCAGUGUGAUGGGGAGAAGGACUGUGGUGAUGGAAGUGAUGAAAGGAACUGCACAAAGGAAUGUAGUGAAGCUGAAUUUCGAUGCAUAGGGGAUGAAAAGUGCAUCCCCGAAGAUAAAGUGUGCGAUGGUAUUGAUGACUGUGGGGAUGACAGCGAUGAAGCUCGCUGCCCCAGCCAACCAGACCCACCAACUACUACAGUGUUACCAGAGACCACAUCAUCUUCAUCUACUGAAUGUACAGAGGACGAAUUUUCUUGCUCAGUGGCUGGACAUUGUGUGGACCUUUCUUGGCAUUGUGAUGGUGACCGUGAUUGUCCUGAUGGGAGUGAUGAAUCUGAAUGUCCUGAGGAUACUUGUCCACACGGAAAAUUCCGUUGCAACAAUGGCGAGUGUAUCAUGCCCAGUCGACGGUGUGAUUGGGAGGCGGAGGACUGUAGUGAUGGGAGUGAUGAAUGGAACUGCACAAAGAGAGAGUGUACAGAGAAGGAAUUUUUGUGCUCGAAGGGAGGGAUUUGUGUGCCAGCUUCUUGGCGGUGUGAUGGUGACCAUGAUUGUCCUGAUGGGAGUGAUGAAUAUAGAUGUCCUAAGGGAGUUGUAUGCAGCUUGCAGCGCGGUCAGUAUAGGUGCCAGGACAGUGAAAAUUGUCUUAGUGAUGACCAAGUGUGUGACGGCUCACCAGACUGUGAUAAUGGCAGUGAUGAGGGCCCCGACUGUGAACACUCGUGCUCAGAGACAGAGUGCAGCCAUGGCUGCUUUAUGACUCCAAAAGGACAUCAGUGUACCUGCCCUCUCAACCUCACCCUUGACCACUCCAAUACUACAUGUAUGGGUGGCCUACCAUCAGCCUUUGUGUUAGUGGGACUACGAAAUACGUUAGAAGCGUAUUCUCUUGGUGGCCCCAGUUCUUUCACUGUCUAUGAGGGGAAGAGCAAGACUUCUACUGGGAUCAUAGGUGUAGAAUAUGACCCAAUCAAAGACUUGGUGUACUGGAGUAAGAAGGAAUAUGGCGGAGUGUAUCGUAAAGACCUUCAUGCACUCGAGUUACCCAAGUUGAUUUAUGAUACAGAUGAAAAUGUAAUGGAGAGUCUGGCAGUGGACUGGCUGGGUAGGAAUCUGUACAUGACAAACAGUGUGGGAGGCAGCAUCACUGUGUGUUCUCUAGAUUGGCAUUACUGCACCGUACUUAUCUCCAAUAUCUCCGACUCCUGUAGAGGCAUCCGACUUGAUCUACAGAACAGAAAAAUGUUUUGGGCCAAUUGGAGAAAUGGGGAAGUGGAAAUGGCAGAUAUGGAUGGAUUUAACAGAUCAAUAUUGGUGUCUGGUUUAGGGUGGCCCAAUGCUCUUGCCCCCGACCCACCCCAGCAACGGUUGUACUUGAUGGAUGCCCUCACAAACACUGUGCAACAUAUUAGUUACAGUGGUGCUAAUCACACGACAUUGAUGGAUGCUCAAGUUGACCAUCCAUUUUCUAUGGAUCUUCUGGGUGACCAACUGUAUUGGACAGACUGGAAAACUAAACAGGUAUGGACAUGCAACAAAGAGGAUUGUGCAACCAAGACUUCUAUAACGGAGCCCUUAUCCAGCCGGCCCUUCGGGAUCAAAAUCCUUCACCCAGACCUCUAUUUAAAGAUGAAGAACCCAUGCAUGGACAACAGAUGUGCCAACAUGUGUCUGCUGUCUGCAUCAGCCCCUGAUGGUUAUACCUGUGCGUGAUUGAUGGUCAAGCCACCGUAGAGGUGGCACGGGCAUGAAUAGCUUGAAAGAACCUGUACCUGUCCUGCACACCUGACCCCUUAAGGAUGAUCGUCACACGUGUGUCUCUCUCCACAUAAUUGAUCCUUUUUUUUUUUGGUAAUUGAUAAGUAAACUCUGUAAAAAAAAAAAAUGUACACAGCACAGGUGACUGUUCCCAACACAGUUAUCCUGUAUUUGGUCAGCUGUGUUAGAUACUCUUGGUAUUGACAAAUGGCAAAAAGACACGAAGUACUGUAUUACAUUUGUAAUUUGCUCUGUGAAAGACUUUCUUCAACAGCAUUUUGAUUUGUUUUAAAUAAUACAAUCAGAAUAUAUGACCUUUUUUGUAUAUGCUAUGGAUGAUGUAGAAUCACAGUAUCAAGAUUGUUUAAAUAUAUAUAUAUACUGUAUAUGCAAUGUUAUGCAGAAUAAAAAAUUUACUUAUAUCCUAAA